AUGUGCCGCAGGUCGCCGCCGAAUGCCUUCGUGACAAACGCGCAACAAUCUACGAACGAACAACUUCUACAGCAGGCGAAUAUCCUCAGCGCCCUGCCCCCUGAGCUUCUCGCCUGUAUAUUCUCCCAUCUCCAUGCCCAAUCAUCUACAGAUAUCGCCGCCUGCCGCCUCGUAAACCACGCCUUCAACAAGCAUAGCUCGCCCUUCCUCCUCCGUCGCGUCAUCUUCGCGCGGCGUCGAGAGGUGAUUAAGAAGCUGCGUGAGGUUCUGCAGCACCCUUUCUUCCACCGACAUGUCACAGAGUUGGUUUAUGAUGGCAGCAGCUACGCCGAGGCGGCGGCAACGGACUGGAACCAGUAUGUGGAAGAUUGCGAAUAUUCGCCGCGGGACUCGGAGGAUGCAGCAUGGACGGCGCAACAAAACCGCGAUCGCGUGGCUUGGAGGGAGCUGAGUUCGUUCGGCAUGCGCAACUCUGUGAUACCUGGUUCCAUUGACGAUAGCAUGAAACCAGGCGAGGAAGGUGAACGGGUCGAUAGUCCAAACGAACGUGCGGUGCCGAUGCUGGAGUUCCACAACGCUUUCCGCCUUGGCUGCUACACGUCGUUCGCCAAUUAUGCGCAGCGUUACACCGAUCAGCACUACAUCCGGCUGGAAGGAGUGGACACCAACAUUCUCGCUGCUGCAUUCACUAUGCUUCCAAACCUAAGCAGUGUCGUGUAUACGGACUAUCGCGGUCUAGCCCGCAAUGGCGAGAGCUUCGACGCUUGCUGUCGACGUCAAUUCGGCAGGACUCUCGAGCCCCAGCACACUGGAAUCACUGGCCCAGGUACCACUGUAGGUGACCGCUUGUUCCCUCUACUUGACGUCCUCGCCAAGGUACCGAAAGCGAGGGUGACUAGUCUGGCUAUUGGACCACAUGCAUUCGAAUACACAGGUGAAGACACAAGUGAGCUUGCCGACCCUAGCCAUGCGCAGAACCCACAAUACCUAGACAUCAGUGCACUGAAAGAUGUCUUCCUAGGCCCCGAUACAAAUCUCUCUCACAUCCUGAGUCGACUGAAACAUCUCCGUUUCGCGUUCUGUUACAGCGGCCACUGCGCUAAUGAGAAUCACAUGCGCGACAAGAUGUGCAAAUUGCUACAAGCUUCGACGCCUCACCUUCGGUCUCUCACGCUCCAUAUGAUGUACCUGUUCUGGGGAGGCGUGCACGAAGUUCCUAAGUUGGACAAUAACGCCCGCUUCGACGUCUUCACUUCCGUUAUCUCGCCGUUGCGUAUGCCUCAUCUGCAUUCUUUGAGCCUCCGUCGCUGGAUUUUUACCGCUGGAGAGCUAAAGGCUUUCUUAGCUGAGCACGCAACAACGCUUCGCAACCUGCAUCUGCUCGGUUGCCUCUGCGGAGAUGACGAAGCUAUGCUAGCGCGCUGGGGCGCUCAGAACCUUGCUCUGACGGGCGUCGAGCUGUCCCGCUGUCUCUCUGUCCUCGACAUGCGAAGCGCCAACCCGCACGGCUGGAGGCGCAUGAACCAGGCAGAGUGGCGGCAGAUGCGGCCCAUGUUUACAGAGCAGGAGUACAGGGAAUUGGAACCGACGUGGCUGGAUGGACGGACGAAUCGGGUAGCACGGGAGCAAAGGCAUGAAAUUCCGCCGGAGGGCGCAUGGUGGAAACGGCCAGCGUAUAUGUAG